CAGAGAACAGGCAUGUCCAGUCAGACCGAAUUACGCUUUGCCGUGUCUAACUGCAUAUAGGACACAAGCAAAUGUCUGUCAUUUAUUUUUUUAAAGGAUGAAAUGUAGAGACUCCUGAGGACUGCUUUAAAAUGCUCACCUAACUAGUUAUUCACACUUUGUCUGAACGAUUUGUGCUUAACAAUACUAACUCCACAUACACCACCCAAAACUCCUCCAUCCCACCAGUUCCUCCCUGUCUCAUCAAAGACAUGGGAAGUCCUUCUGCUAUCUGCUAGUGCCAGAUCUUUGGUGACCCACUCACCGCCACCUGAACAUCUCUCUCCAUUGAGGAGAAAAAUUUAAACAAACUGUUUAAAGGACAAAACCACAGCAAAAUAAGUUCUGGGACUUGGUUCUGAUUCUAUAAAGUUAGUUAAACGCUGAAUUUUACUCUUCUAAUGACUUUCAGUAUGUUUCUUUUGUGUGAGAUUGAUGUUGGUUUGCUACUCUGACAAAAAAGGUAUACAUUUCUGUUCAAUUUCUGGAGGGUUCAUUAUUUUUAUAUAAGAACAGGACGUUUCCCACUGUUUCUGCUUUAAGAUGGUUUCUUUUUUAGGCUCCCCAGCCUUGGAAAACAUUUCACUGUUGAUGAAAAAGACUCUUUGUGUCCAACUGUGUAGUUUGUUAUCAAUCAUGGGAUUUUCAGCAAGUAGAAACAAGGAUUGAAGUGGGGAUGUUGGCUAACAGGCCUUACGGUAGACCGCUGUAACAUAAAAUCAUAUUUAUCUGACAAUCUGACUACAUUCUACAUGUCUAAAAAUUUGUUUUGACUAGAUUCAACAUUUUGACUAUUCUGAAUGGUAAUUUAAGAUAUAUGAAUUUACAUUCUGGCAAGUAAAAAGAAGAAUUGAAGAUAUCUCCCAUUACUUUAUGAGGGAUCAAAUGUCUUUCAAGAUAUUUCAACUAUCUCAGUUUGUCAUUUAAAGCCCCAGGCAUUUGACUAAACAGAUCAAUUAUUUAAUAAAUCAGUAAUAUCAUUUUGACUAGUCAUAAUAUUAUUUUAUGACAUGAAAUAGAAAAUGUGUAGAUUUUAAAAUAUUCAAGAUAUCUGUAAUUUAUUAAUCUUAAAAAAAAUUGACUAGUCAAAAUUACAGUUCCAGAUUGAUGCAGUCUUGCAGAAAUAUCCCCAGGUGCAGUGUGGGUGGAUUUAUUUGUUUGGCAAACUUCCCAUUUAAAUAAAAACUUGAGCCUGAAAAGAAACACAGUUUUGGAAAUUGGAAGCUGGGUUUUUCUCUGGUCUCAGUGAGUCUCCAUGAACUGAACCGUAGAUGUUCUGUUCUUAGCUGACAGGAGGAAUACUAUGUGUAAUGUUCCUGUUUAAAUACACAUCCAUUAUUGUUUACUUUUUAACAUUUUUUGUUUUAUUGUGAAAUGUUGACUGGUUGAAGAGAAAGUGUGUUUUCGAAUCAGAGCUGUACUUGUCAUUCAUUGGUCAAUGAGAAGGAAGUUACCGGAAAUGGCAAUGUUUACUUGACUGACUAGUUUCCGAAACAAGAAACGUUUCAAAGUUUGUUCUGUUUAUGUAACAGACUUGUGAGAGUCUGUGUGAGGAUUUCGCUUUUACAUGUUAGAUUUGAACCGCUGUGAUUAUUUCCAGGCGAAAUUAGCAGUACAGAGUACAGAAGCGAAAUAACUAUUAGCCGCUGUGUAGCUAAAGCAGCUAACAGCAGUGAGGUAAUUAGUAUUUGUGGCAUUUUAAGCCUUUUCCAUUUCAUAAUGUAGUACUCCAAGAAAACAUUGACUUACUGUGAAGGUUGAAGACCACUAUUGCGAAGACCUUCAUUGUCUUCAACCUGAGACGAUGAAGGUUGAAGCGGAUGAACCUGGAGGAUUCAGCUUGGAUCCUCCUAUACCCGCAGCAUCCACAUCAGAACAAGUAGAAAAACAAGACAGCAAAGAUCUCAAGUUAACAGUCCAAAUGUUGGCGAUUAAAGCAGAGGUUCCCCAUGAUGGCAGUUCCAGUUUUGACCAGCAGGAUCCUGAACCCCACAUAAAGGAGGAAGAGGAGGAAGAACUGAUCAGUCAGGAGGAAAAGCAUCUUUCCAUGAAGAGGGAAGAUGAAGAGAAAGCUCAGUUAUCAGAGCUUCAUCAGAUCAAAACUGAAGACGACCUAGAGACAGAAGAUUCAACCAGCAGCUCAGCUGAACAGAUCGAAUCAGAACCUGAUGAAGAGGAGUUUGGAGGAUCAGAACCAGACAGAAUCCAAGAUCCAGGGGGCGUUUCACAACAAAGUAAGAUGACGGUUCAGAAAAAAGGCAUAAGACCUAAAUUGUGUUCCAAACGUGGGAGACAUAUUGGAGUUGAAGCUGUAGAUAAACCCUUUGGUUGCAUUGUUUGCGGCAAAAGAUUCAAACGCAAGACUCACAUUAAAUUACACAUGAUGAUUCACUCUGGAAAAAUAGAGCACAGCUGUGAUCUUUGUAGUAAAGGGUUUAAAGAAAAGACUUCGCUUCUUACGCACAUGAGACUCCACACUGGAGAGAGGCCAUUUACUUGUGACGAUUGUGGUAGAAGGUUCCAUGCAAAGAGAAUCCUUAAAACUCACCUGAAGGUCCAUUCUGAAGAAAAACCCUUCUCUUGUGAUGUUUGCAAUUCAAGAUUUAAAAUGAAAGAAACUCUUAAAAAGCACAUGCGGAUCCACCUCGAGGCGAAACCAUUUGUUUGUAGUGUUUGCAGUAAAGGAUUUUCACAACAAGAGAACCUAAAGAGUCACAUGCGUGUUCACACCGGCGAGAAACCGUACAUUUGUAGCGUUUGCAGUCAAGGAUUUUCUCUACAUCAGACUCUAAAGAGACACAUGUGCGUUCACACGGGAGAAAAACCAUUUGCUUGCAGCGUUUGCAAUAAAGAAUUUUCGCGACAGAAUUGUCUAAAGAUUCACAUGCAUGUCCAUACAGAAGAGAAGCUGUUUAGUUGUAAUAUCUGCAGCAGAGGAUUUUCACGACAAGCCUAUCUGAGAAAACACAUGAAUGUUCACAUGGCAAGGUUUGGCUGUAACGGCUGCAGUAAACAUUUUGUGAAGAAAAUAGAUUUGCUGCAACAUAUGAAGCUCCACGCAGAGAAGAGCCCGUUUGGUUGUGACGUCCGUGACACCAGAUUUGAUCAAAAAUGUCAUCUAGAAAAUGACGAGAGAAACUGAUGGUAAAACAUGAAGCAUCUUAAUAAUACGGAGAGCCAAAGGAAAUCAUAGAUCUGUUUGAGGUCAGUAACUAGCAAUGGCUACGACAGUUGACUAAUCUGUCAGUAUUUUUCUAGUAAAUCAAUUAUUUUGUUAACCAAUCUCUGCUUUCUGUGGGUAUGCCAUCUAUUUUCAGCACUGAUACGUGUUUCACUCCUAGCUUGCAGGUCAGCAACGUUGUGAAUUGCCUCUUGAUGCCUUUAAGGUAAAUAAUACCCAGAAAGUUCAAUCAAUAAAUCAGUAAAAGAAGAGCUCGGUCAAAAAUUAUUUUAUAUUUCAAGUUGAUCUGUACAGGCAAUUUAAAGGGGCAACAGUGGAGAGUAAGAUGUCUCCUGAUCUGAGUUAUAUUAUGUAACCUGUUUUCACAUUUUCUCACACAUUAAAUUAUGCAAAGGUUAUAUUGAUGAUUGUUUUAUUAUGUUUAAUGGUGCUGUUGAAAAUGUUCUGUAGUCAUACCAGUGUUCAAAUCGCUGUCAUAGACAUCAAUAAUGACCAAAUCUGUAAAAUAUCAGCUUUUUAGAAACUUUAUUAACAUAAAGAGGGAAAAUUUCUGAUUAAUAAAACUUUUUAAAAAAUCAAAAAUAUUCCACCUGAGGUAACAACAUUGAGGAAAUAUUGCCAUGGGAGUUUUAAUAACUAUCCUUAAGUGGUGUGUUAAAAAAAAAAAA